GCCAGUGCAGGGGCGCGCGCGCGCGCGCUCCCGCCGGCCUCCCUACCCCCUUCGCGCACACAUCCCUACAGCACACCCCCUCCCCCGCCGCCCGCCCCGCGCGCCGCCCGCUCCGCGGCCCCGCUCGGCCUCGCGCGCUCGGAAGGGAGUCGCGAGACGUCGGAGCGGCGGCCACGUAGCGCUGCGGCGGCGGCGGCCGAGGCCGGGUCUGAGGAGCGGCCCAGAGCGCAGACGUUGGGCAGGGGGAGGGGCCGGCCCGGCGGGCGGUGGGGACUGGAGCGACGCGGCGCGGCGACAGGCCCCCGCCGCGGGGAUGGGCCGCCGAAGCGGCGGCCGCGGCGGCCCGGACAAGAUGCUCCAAGUCCCUUGUAGUUCUCUUUGAAAGAAGAUCAGGAGUGUUCUGCUCUUGCCGUAAGAACAGCCCUUUUUUUGACUUACCGUGUUGCUGGUGCUGUGACCCAGGAAGAACUGCAUGCAGGCUCCAGGAGUUUCUUAUUUUCUCUUCUUGAGUAGUUAGUUCUCUGUGGAUGGAGAAAGAUUUGAGUCUUAAUUGCCCUGUUUUCAAGGUGUUCUGUGUAGUUUGAACUGGGCCACUUUCCAAUGAGCUUCCCAGCCAGUCCUUGUCAGGAGCUGGUUGAACCCUGUGCAGUGCAUGCAGAAGGAAUGGCCCAGGAUGAGAGCCAUCGAAGUCAGGCGCCACCCACCUUCUACCAUGGUGCCAGCCAGGAGCUCGACCUGUCCACCAAAGUGUAUAAAAGGGAGUCUGGAAGCCCUUACUCUGUGCUAGCAGACACCAAGAUGAGCAAACCACAUCUCCACGAGACGGAGGAGCAGCCAUAUUUCAGGGAGCCAAGGGCAGUGUCUGAUGUGCAUACUGUCAAGGAAGACCGGGAGAAUUCUGAUGACACGGAAGAGGAGGAGGAAGUCUCUUACAAAAGGGAGCAGAUCAUAGUGGAGGUAAACCUUAAUAAUCAAACGUUAAAUGUAUCUAAAGGGGAAAAGGGUGUCUCUUCUCAGUCCAAAGAGACUCCUGUUCUUAAGACAAGCAGUGAGGAAGACGAAGAGACUGAGGAGGAGGCUACAGAUAACAGCAGUGACUACGGAGAGAACGGACGGCAGAAGAAAAAGGAGAAGCAAGUGGAGAAAGUCAGGGUUACACAAAGGAGAACCCGGAGAGCUGCCUCUGUAGCCACAGCUACCACUUCCCCCACACCCCGCACAACUCGAGGCCGUAGGAAGAGUGCAGAGCUACCCAAGAGGAAGAAGCGGGCUGCCAAGGAGCCUAAAGCGCCAGCCCAGAAAGCUAAGUGUGAAGAGAAAGAGACUCUGACCUGUGAGAAGUGCCCCAGGGUGUUCAACACUCGCUGGUACCUGGAGAAGCACAUGAACGUUACUCACAGGCGCAUGCAGAUCUGUGAUAAGUGUGGCAAGAAGUUUGUCCUGGAAAGUGAGCUGUCCCUUCACCAGCAAACAGACUGUGAAAAAAACAUUCAGUGUGUUUCCUGUAACAAAUCCUUCAAGAAACUCUGGUCCCUUCAUGAACAUAUCAAGAUUGUCCAUGGAUAUGCAGAAAAAAAGUUUGCCUGUGAGAUUUGCGAGAAGAAGUUCUAUACCAUGGCUCAUGUGCGGAAACACAUGGUUGCACACACAAAAGACAUGCCAUUUACAUGUGAGACCUGUGGAAAGUCCUUCAAGCGCAGUAUGUCACUCAAGGUGCACUCCUUGCAGCAUUCUGGAGAGAAACCCUUCAGAUGUGAGAACUGCGACGAGAGGUUCCAGUACAAGUACCAGCUCCGCUCCCACAUGAGCAUCCACAUUGGGCACAAGCAGUUCAUGUGCCAGUGGUGCGGCAAGGACUUCAACAUGAAGCAGUACUUCGACGAGCACAUGAAGACGCACACGGGAGAGAAGCCUUUCAUCUGUGAAAUCUGCGGCAAAAGCUUCACCAGUCGACCCAACAUGAAGAGGCACCGCAGAACUCACACAGGCGAGAAGCCCUAUCCCUGUGAUGUGUGCGGUCAGCGCUUCCGCUUUUCCAACAUGCUGAAGGCCCACAAGGAGAAGUGCUUCCGAGUGACCAGCCCAGUGAAUGUGCCGCCAGCUGUCCAGAUGCCACUGGCCUCAGCUCCGGCUGCUCCUGCUCCAGCCGUGGCCAACACUCCUACCAGCCCAGCCCCUGCAGUCAGUAUGAACCCCGUGGGUGGGGGCGCGCUUCCCUCAAGGCCUGUCCCGCACCCUUUCUCACACCUGCACAUCCACACACAUCCACACCAUGCACACCACCUCCCCAUCCCUCCUGUGCCUCACCUGCCCCCACCUCCAGCCCUCUUCAAGAGUGAGCCCCUAAACCACAGAAGCCAGAGUGAGGACACCUUUCUGAGGCACCUGGCGGAGAAGAACAGCGCACCCCAGGCCCAGCACCAUUAGCACCAGCCAGUGUCAUCCCAUGGCGAGCUGGCAGAAGGGGUGCAGCUGUACUUCUCUGGGGUCUUCCCGUCUCCUUCAGGGCCUUCGCCAUUGUCCUGGUGACCCAUCAGACUGACCUGAGGGAGUGAAGACUGCCCUUGAAACCAGGGGAACCACCGAACUAAAGCCCAAUUUGCUUGCAUUUUCUGAUGAGUUUUAUAAAUUUCAGAUACUGUGACUGUGGGAUUUUAUAAUUUCAUAUCAGCGGAUGAGGUAUGCUUGCUUUUAUAUCUCGGUCUUCUCCUCAAAGAGGGGAUAGGCCUGGUUUCCUUUAUACUAAUCGGGAAGGCUGUGAGAUGAAUCCGGAGCGUUAACUGUAUCACUGUGUAUUGUAAUGAAUUCUUUUCAGCUUUUGGUGCUGGCCGCAGAGUCGAGCUGGCUGCGUUUCACACAAUAUCAAGCAUUAUAGAGAAGAUGGGAAUUUUCUUCUUUGUGUAGCUCUUUUAACACACUCUUUAUUUUACUACAGAAAUUAUUUUAGAGUUUUUGUAUAGACUUUAGUAGUCUGUUUCUAAAAUGAGAUGUAUUUCAAUAAGCUGUGUAAUUUUUCAGUGUAGCUAAACCCAUGUUGUAAAAUAGAUAAAUUUUUAUAAUCAUCAAAAUGUGAUUCUUAAAGAUGCAUAUAAUAACUUCUAUUUCAAAUGUAUUCUUACAUCCAUACAACUCAAAGGUGCUUCUGAGACUGGAUGUAUCUGAACGGGUCACCAGACCAGGUACAAAAGCGAGGUUCAGGACAAAGUUAGUCAUCAGUGAUUUAAAAAUCUCUGCUAGGCAUUCAGUCCACUGGGCCACUGACACAGCCAAUGUUGGUGUUCCUUGAGUACUCUAUGGAUUCAGUGGGCUGGUUUGAGGGAAUGGGGUUGCCCAGAGUUAGCCGGGCUUGCAGAUGUGAACCGGCAUUUGUGAAUCCCUUGGGAGGAAGCGGCAGGGCGUUCCCUUGGAUCACAUCUGUGUCUCGCUUUCCUUAGGAACUGUGUUGUACUCAGCUGUUAGGGGAAGAAGAAUUGGAAUCUCUUACUUUUGAGGUUCUUGGGCUUUCCAAGAGUUGUUAGAAGAAGCUGAUAUGGUGAGCUGAAAUCAAAAACUUAAUUGCUGAUAGUGACUGAGAAAUUUGGAUGAGAAGACAAGUUGGCUUUUGAGUUUUAAAAUGUCUGCAGCCUCUAAAAUGUAGAUGUCCACAGGUGACUGGUGUCUGCCAUUAAAACUGUAGUGAGAGGACCCAUACAUACACACACACACACACACACACACACACACUGCUGCUUGUCCUCUGCAGAGGAUGAAGACCGCAGCCUCUUAGGUGCCUCUUGAGUGGCAGCUUACUCGGUCAGGAUUUGGGGAACUUCCACAGAGCGUGGUCACCCCAGAGUGGAUAUACGGAAGGCCAAAGAGAAAGACUAACGUGGUGGUUCAGUCAGCUGACAGGUGUGCACGGCACAGCUGCCACACACUCUCUGCUCUGCCUCUCAGAGGCUGAGUCCCUAGAAUGGACUGCCUCCUCUGCCUCUCGCCUCCUCAGCUCUCUAUCCUCAGGCUCUUAAAUCAGCACCGUAGCUGUUAUUUAUUUAUCUUUGAUAUUAAAUGUGCAGAUGUGCGCCAUGCACUUUUUCUGGCUCCUUAACUCUGCAGUGGACACACGGGCUCUGGACUGAGGUUAGGCUCCUGCUCUUAAGUAUCACACUCUAAAUUAGGGUUUUUGGUUUAUUAUUUCUAGAUUUACUCCAGUUUUGCCCUUGUCAUUUGUAAACAUAGGAAAAAUUGUGGCUGAGUCAGGAACAUAUCUCAGGACACAUUUUCCUUACAGUUUCUAGCUAUGAAUUUUAAUGAAUGAUAUUUUUAAUAUUCACAUAUAUUCUUGGAGCCCUCACAUACCCGAGGCAGACAAGGAAGCAGAUUCCUUUUCUGAAUGUCAUGACUUAGAGGUCACCCCUCCCCCCAUUUGCCUGCACAGUCUCCUUUGCAUCCUAUGGAAAGUCUGCAAAUUCACACUUUCAUGUAGACAUAUCCAUAUUUCAUGGCUAAGCUAUAAUAUUAAAAUAUUUUUAUCAAAAAAGGUAUAAACUGUAGCUAAGUUAAUUGGUUAUACCUUAUUUUAUACUAAAUGCUUUUGCAAAAUGAGGCAGAGAUUCUGAAUUCUACACUUGAGGCUGUUGAAUUAAAACCAUUCUAUGGUUAUACUAUGAAUGCUCAUUGAAAAAUUCAGGUAUUCAGUUCUGACUUUAUUCAAAUAACUAUAGCCAUAAGAAACUGUCCUCUACAUAGGAAACCCAAUACCAUGUCAGUAAGCAUCACCAUCCUUAACAGAAGCAGGAAAAGAAUUUAAAACAGUGACUUAGCCCUACCACAUUCUAUCAUUCUUACUCAAAUGUGGAACAAGAUAGAAAUGCCAAUUUUUUUUUUCUGGGUAAGUAUAUCUUCCCUGACUUGAGAAGCCUGCUCUGAAAAUGACUCUCAAAAGUGUCAUGCACAAAUAAUGGGCAUGUGCAUAUGAAAUCCAUACGGAAAUGCUUCCGAGUCAGAAACCACAGGGUCGCCUUAGACGUGCAGGCACGUGAGCUCUAACGCGCAGGACUCAGCUCAGGGUUAACAGUGUGCUCAGGGUCUGCGAGCUCAGGUGAAGCGGCAGUGUGUGCUGUGCCACCACAUGUGCUGCAGUGCCCUGGGAGUCUGCAGAGCCUGGCAUGUUCUUGUUACUUGUCUGGAAAAGACCCGUGAGUUCUAGUCUGAGUUCUAGGCCCAUGUCUGUGCUGUUGUAUCUUUUUAUAAACAUAUCACAUUUCAGAAUAACAGAUUUUAAAUCAAGGCUUUCUCAUGAUGCCUUUUUGAACUAUCUUCAAAGGCUUUUGUAGUUGCAAGGAUUACUUAUUUACUUAUAUGUAGACCAGGCUAGCCUUGAAUUCACAGCCUGAGUGCUGAGUCUAAACCAGUCCACCCAAUAAUCUUGUUGUUGUUGGGGCUCUUGUUUCGCUUUUUUGAGAAAGGGUCUCUGAGCUGCGGAGCUGAACCCCAGCUGGUGUGGGUCAUGGUUACCUCAGACCUGUGACUCCUCACCUCAGCUUCCUGAUGCUGGGCUCAUGGCUACCUGCUCGCCCCGCCUGGCUUCCACAAGGAUGUUUUUGUGUUGCCAUUAUAUUUUUGGAGUUUUCUUCUCAGACAUUUAUCAUUUGGAUACAAAUUUUUUUAGCCUAAUGAAUGGCUGCUGCUCUCAAAUUGAAUCAGUCUCAUACUGGGUUAGAUUUUAAAACUGAAUGAAAAGAAGAUGACCAUUUAAAGGCAUGUGGUUCCAUUUUUUUUUGUAUAUUAUUUUGACUUAAUUCUUAUUUUUAGCAAAUGGGGAAGUCUCCACAUAAAACUUUAAUAAAGUUCAAAGAAACCUUUGAAAAUCAUUUCCAGGUACUGUCUUAGUAACCCUCAGAUUAGUCCUUCAGCGUGGACCUGUCCAGAGUUGUCCAGUCUGAGAACCUCAUCUGUUGGUAUCUUUCUGAGCUAGCCCCCACCCCAUACACCCCAACCCACACCCUCACCCCCACCACUGCUAACCAGAGACAACAUCUUUGAAGUUUUGAAUUUUUAACUUCUUGAAAAUCCUUUUCAGUUUUAUUAUUGUUGAGUGGAUAUGUAUUUAGUUUUAUUUUUAUUUCCCUAGAAGAUUUAAAAUUUGAAACUAUGAUGCAGAGAAAGAACUCCACUGCAGAGGCGUGCGCACAUACAUAGUCAUGGAUGCACAUAUAUAUGUAUCUAGUCCCUCUUGGAGAUUUUGAUUAGGAAAACACACUAUGUAGGAGAUUUUUGUUUGUUUGUUUGUUUUUAAAGAGAGAAAAACUAAAGUUUCCAUUAAAAGAACCCCUGUUUCAGUUAAAGGAGCCCCUCUGUUUAAGCUACUGUAUGAAAAAUACCACUUUUGUUACUUUGAUGUCCCCAUGUUAGAGAUUUGAUGCUGUUCUACACGUGGAGCACAUCAUAGAAAGAGAGGGUGUGUUAGAUCUAAGCAUUUAUCAACUUAAAGAUCAGCUUGGGAUGCUUAAAAUUCUAAAGCUGAGAAAAGAAUAUCAGGUUUAAGUUUUUCCUUUACUUAAACCAAGUUAGAAAAUUUCCCAGGAGUUUUCUCUCUCCAUUUUUUUUUUCAGGAAUAAAAGGUCAUAAGCCAUUAGAAAUAGUGGCAUCGUUAUGCAAUAACAACUCCCUAGCUAAUCUGAUUCUGUCAUCUGUAGCAUUCUUAAGAAGCAGUGCUGACCUUCCAACCCGGAACUACCUCGAUAAAGCAGCCCAGAGUCCUCACUACACUUUCUGUGGAAGCCAUAAAGUCGUCAGUGUCCGUUCACCUUCACAGUUGAGUACUUUUAUACUCGCUAGACCUUUUUAUAGACUUAUAAUCAGACCUUUCCCCCUUAGGGGAUAGCUUUCCCAAGACUCCAAGGAAAGUCAAAUUCCUCAAAUGUUUCAACUUUGAAGCUCUUUAGCUUCAAUAAAUUUGUUUGAAGAACCAGAUGACAUAUCAUUCAAAAAAAAUUACAUGUUUAAUUCAAAACUACUGUGCAGAUCUACAUAUUCUGAAAACAAACUCCUUUUGUUCCCUUAGUAGAGGGCCUGUUGUUAUGAAGUGGGUCUCUCUCCACCUGUUAACUCAGGUCCCGGGGGAUGUGUGUCCGGAUCAUGGUCCUGGGGUUGUUUCCAUUACUGUAGCACAGAGCCCUGAGUACCUGUCCGUCUGGCCCCCUACUGUCGUACGCAGCUUUAGUCUCAGUCACUCUGCUCUCCAGUGCCUUCAAAAAGCCCACGCCCUGGAACCUCUGUCCUGGCCUGGAUCCUACCUCUGAUUGUCGUUCUCAUGAGUAUUGGAAUUCACCCUGCUCCAAAGGGCUUAACUACAAACAUGCUAAAACCUGGCUGAGGAUUGUGAGCACAUUUGUGUUUUGUUGUCCCUUGUCACUCACGGCUGGGUCACCUUUGUAGCUUCUUUGUAUCCUACUCCCCGCCCCUUCCCCCUCCCCACCCCCCCAGUGCUCCCAACACCUUGGGCUAGAGCCAUCCACCCUUCCUUCACCUUCUAGUCUCUCACCACAGACCGGCUGUCCCUUUAAACAUCCAAGGUCACCCAGAGAGGCUUUGGGCCAUCCUUUUCUCCUCUGAAGUCUUCCUGAGUACCCACCCUUCAAAUGAAAGGAAUGCGGACUGCCGCUGGGGCGCACGUAGCAUUUCAUAAACAUUUACAGGGUUCUUCCCAUGACUUUAGCUUAGUCAUAGGAGUAGAAAAGUGCUCUCUGGGGUUAACAAAAGUCCUUUCUUGGUUUUUGAUCAGCCCCUGUCCCCCUCACAAACCCCAGUUUGUUUUCUUGUUGUCCUCUUGUACAUCAUUGAAAAAGUGUAAUUGAUGUCAAAUAUACAAAAGACGGAGGAGAAGGAAGCGGACGUGUGCUCUGUGUGUGGUAUGUACAGUUCAUGGAUAAAAAUCACUUUAGUAACUGCCUGGUCUCUCACAUCCCCAAUUAAAGUUUGUGCUAUGUAAUGGGUUGAUUGUUCCCUCCUAAAGUGAAAACAGAUAAAGUCUUUCAGUGAGGAAAUUGGAUUUUUUUUUUUUUUUUA